AUGUAUUAUGAAACACAACAAGGUGAUAAUGAACUAAAAUUAUUAUCUGGUUCUCAUCAAGUUACACUAGAUGAAGAAAAUGAACUAACAGAUGACGAUAUGAAGUUAAAAGUUAAAAAACCUCGAAAACGUCGUCGAAACGAAGCAUCUAUACUCGAACAAGAAAAUGAAAUUGAACUAUUGAGUAAUAGUCGACCAAAACGAGCAGCAACAAUUCGUGUAAAUGAAAUGAGCAAUAAUCAAAGAAAGAUUGAUGAAUUUAUUUCAAAGAAAAAACAAUCACCUAAAAAGAAUAUUAGAUCAUUUAAAAUUGAUUCUAUUCUUCCAUCAUUACCAGUAAAUGAUAGUGAACAUUGUCCAAUAUGUGAUCGACUUAUACCAAAUGAUAUACUUGAAAUUCAUACAAAUGCUUGUUUAAUGCAUCAUAGUGAUGCCAGUAAAGCAUUAAUUGAAAAAAGUAAACAACGUGCUAAAACUGAAGCUAAAAUAAAAGAAGAUUUAUUUCAACGAACAACACAUAAAAAUAUGGCUAUUCAUCUAAUGAGAACUAACAGUGAAACAACAACUUGUCCAACAUGUGGUAUGCAAAUGACAGUCUUUCGUCUUGAAAAUCAACAUAAGAAUGAAUGUUCAAGUCGUUUUACUUGA